AUGGCUCAAGCGUGGGCCGCUAUCCAGACCAACUGCAAACUCAGUUUCCCUACGGCAACUCAGGCCCUGAAAACAAAUGUCACGAGUUUGGGAAACUAUGCACCCAAAGGCUACCCUACGGCAACCUGUGUCGGCGACAGGACCUACAAAGUCGUCAGUGGCGAUAAUUGCGUCGACAUCUCUAAGAAAAGCAAGGUUUCGACAUCGUCAUUGAUAGUCCUGAACAGCCUGCGGAUCGACUGCACAAACAUCUUCGUCGGUCAGGGCGACUAUUGCGAACUCGUGGCCUUGAAUCAAACCAUUUCCCUGCCGCUUUUCUACGCCAUUAACCCACAGAUUGAUAAAGGCUGCACCAAUCUACAAGGUAACGUGGCCUACUGCGUCCGUCCGACGCAGGACUUCAACUCGACCGCAAGCUCGACAAUCGCACCACCUCCUGCUUCGACUCCAUCUGGCACAACAAAGAACUGUUAUCAAUGGUAUGUCAUCCAGUCCGGUGACACCUGCGCUCAGGUGCAGAACAAAUUCGGCAUUCCAUUCAAACAGUUCCAGAGCUGGAACCCAUCACUCGCUGCGGACUGCCUGAAUCUCCAGCUGGGCGCGGCAUACUGCGUCAACGGGGCUGCCUCCAUCGCCGCCCGGGCCACGGCUGCAGCUCUUGGCAGUGACGGGGAGUGGUCUCCCUACUCGCCUCCAAGUGUAAUACUUGCGCAUAGAGACCCUCUUCAGACCGUGCAGCCUGAGGUUGAUGUGGAAUCACGUGGUGGCGGUGUUGCCAUGGGCUGGCCGGGUGUAAACUCCCCCAGACUGCGCAGGGCCAUUGGGCUCGAUUAG